GAUUCUUCAUUUCCGUAAACAAAUCCUCGACGUCUGCCAAUGACAAAUGUUAAGGAAGCUAACAACUAACAUCUUCGGAGAUUUCCACCUGGAACCAGUGGAUCUGUCCACACCGCCAGGAAAUAACACUGAACAUUAAAUUAAAGUAGAUAUUUAUUAGUACACUUGGUGUUGACUUUGCUGAAUUUGAAUUGUUAGUCGAAGAGGCCUUUGCUAAUCUCACUAGCUUAGUUAACAGUAUAAAAGUAACGCUAGCUAACGAAAGACUUAAAAAAAUAAAAAUAAAGUAUUAAAAGUGAACAUAACACAAUGUCUGGACCAAAUGGAGAUCCAAACAUCUCUAUUGAUGAUGGCAUUCUGAAUGACGAAGAUGAAUUCGGCGAGGAAGAGUACACUGCCAUCAACUCCAUGCUAGAUCAGAUCAACUCAUAUCUUGAUGACCUGGAGGAGCGGAAUGAUGCACUUAAUGGCAAACUGCAUGACCUGAUGGAGUCAAACCGGCAAGCCCGGCUGGAGUUCAGAGCCCAACUCCUAGGCUCUCCAACCCAGGAGCAGCAUCGUCCUGCAGAUGGGGACUCCUCAUCCGGCAAGGAAGACCAAGGGGGCUCUCAAAUGAGUGGGAGGAAGGAGUAGAUAAAGAGGACUGUGUUCAG